UCAUCGUAUUUGAGGCCAAGCGGAUGAUUGGCCGGCACUUGUCGAAGCCUCCGGCGAGCGUUCAUUUGUCCGCUUGAACUGCGUCAAGUGGUUGCCGCGGCAACACCCGCUCCAUUCGGAUGACAAAGAAGAUAUGCGACACGUCCCCGCGGCGGCCGCGCAAGACCGGGGCACGCGUCCGCAGUCGCUCGCAGUUGUUCAGGAUGUGGGUGGGCGUGGCGCCAUCCCGCCGCUGCUGGUUCCUCUGCCUGCUCGCUGUCUCGUCUGCGACGCUGCUCCGCCCUCGCCAGCUGCGCCAUCUUCAGUUGGACGCUGACUGGUCACCGCUAGACAGAAGCCACGCCCCUGAAGCUUGGCACGAGCCCGCCCAGGUGGACGAGGACAACAAUGAAGAACGCGGGGACUUCCUGAUGGAGGCGGAGUCCUACGACCAGGACGGUUCGGCGUCGCGCGCCAUGCGCUCGACCCGCCGCUGCAUUCGGCACCAGCAGUCGUGUUUGGGCUUCCCGCUGCCCUGCUGCGACGCCUGCGACACCUGCUACUGUCGCUUCUUCAACGCCAUCUGCUACUGCCGCCGCGUCGGGCACUCCUGCCCGUCGGCGCGCACCUGACGCCGCCCUCCGCGAGCGCGCCGAACCGCCAGGAUGCAUCAAACGCCGGCCCGGAAACACCCGACGGGCCGCCGCGGUCCUCUUCUUUUGCCGCCGCUACCCCCGCUUCUCGUAUCCAUGUUAGAUCGACUGUGCUUGAAAUAAAGGAAGUCCUCUGUU